AUGCUGUCUCCCGUCAUACUACCCCAGGGGGCCAUCUCCCGGGCCUCCAUUCUGGGACUGAUACUAUGCAUCACGACGGCGUUGCUGAACCGCUUCCUUCGCGGAGGAAAGGCCAAGAAGUACCCAGCAGGACCCAAGCCAUGGCCUAUUAUUGGCAACAUGUUUAUCUUCAAGGGCCUCGUCUACGACACGGAGGCAACACUCGCCUGGCUGGCUAAGAAUUUCGGCGACAAGGUCAUGCUCUGGCUCUUUUCGAAGCCGUUUCUGAUCGUGGACAAGCUGGAAGAUGCCAAAGAAUUGAUGGACAAGCGAGGUGCCAUCUUCUCCGACAGACCGAAGCCGAGCAACUUUGUUGAACGCGUCUGGCCUUGCUUGCUGCCGAUUAAGCCGCUCGGUGAAGAGUAUCGAAUUGUGAGGCGAAUCUACAACGACCUGCUCGGCCCCAAGCAGUCCCAAGGAGUCAGAAAGUACCAAGACUACGAAUCUAGAAUGUUGAUGCGAGAUUUGUACCACAAUCCGGAGAAGUUCCAGGUCAUCACGCAGCGAUAUUCCAUGAGCGUCAUCUUCAGUGCCGUCUACGGCGUGCGCAUUGGCCGCCUUGACUAUCCCGUUAUUAAGGAGCUUUUCACUGUAACGGACACGAUGGCGAACUACAUUCUCCCGGGAAGCCUGCUCAUCGACUAUCUCCCCUUUCUCCAGAAACUGCCCGAGUGCUUCCAGCCGUGGCUCAAGUUUGCGGAUUCGAUGCACGAGCGCGAGUCAAGGUUCCACAACGGCUUUUUGAACGUCCUCAAGGAACAGAUCGAGGCCGGAACGGCGUCCUACUGCUUUGGUAUCGAUGUCUUGGAGCUCCAAAAGAAGAAUGACCUCAGCGACGAGUUUACGCUCGACAUCCUCAAGGGCGUCAUUGCUGCUGGCUCUGAAACGACCAGCAGCAUGCUGCAAUCCAUCUUCAAGGCCAUGGCAAUGAACCCCGAGGCUCAGAGGAAAGCACAGGAAGAGUUGGAUCGAGUGGUUGGGCCUUCACGCCUGCCACACUGGGACGAUGCCCCCAACCUGCCGUACAUCCGCGCUCUCAUCAAGGAACUUCACAGAUGGAUGCCUCUCUUCAUCCUCGGAGUGCCCCACGCUUCCACCGAGGAGGUCGUCUACAGGGGCUUCACGCUGCCCCAAAAGACUCUGAUAAUGCCUCACGUCUACCGCCUAUCGAGAGAUCCCGACGUCUACGAAGAUCCCGAUGCCUUUGCGCCCGAGAGGUUCCUCGGCGAUGACCUCGACUCCUAUGCCAGCGCCAAGCAGGGCGACUUCCGCAAGCGUGACCACGUCAACUACGGCUGGGGACGACGGCUGUGCCAGGGCAUCCAGGUCGCGGAGAACUCCAUCUUCAUGCAGGUUUCUCGGCUUCUGUGGGCGUACAACCUUGCGCCUCUGCCUGGCGAGCCUCUGCGCUUGGAUGACAAGCUUCGUAAGUUGCCCUCCUGA